AUGAUGGCCACAGCAGAUGUAUCUGACAGUGAGAGUGGGUCGGAGGAGUCCAGUGAUGAUGAGGACCCAGAAGAAGAAACUAGGAAAAGGCGAUCCUGUUUUAGCUUCUUUUUCUCGAGUAGGAGAAGUAAGAGGUCUGGGAGUACUAGGAGGAGGAAGAGCAGUAGUAAAAGAAGGAGCUAUUCAAGUGAAAGCGAGACUGAUGAGAGUGAAACUGAGGAUUCCGAUGCUAGCGAUCAUGGUAAGUCGAAGAAGCGGAAGUACGCCUCAUCUUUGAAGUCUCAAAGCAGCAAGAAGAAUGAAUCUGACGGCGAGAGUUCCAAUGCUGAUGAAAGUAGCUCUGAUUCUGAAGUUGAUGGAAAGAAUGCUAAGCAGAAGGUAGAUGAGGCUAAUGUAGGUGAUGAAAAUAAUGCAGAGUUGCUUAAGUUUAAGGAAAUGAUAGAGUCUAGGAACAAGAUGACUUUGGAUAAUGAACCACUGGUUGGGCCAUUGCCUUUACCAAGGGCGGAAGGGCACAUUAGUUAUGGUGGUGCACUUAGGCCCGGUGAAGGUGAUGCCAUUGCACAGUAUGUGCAGCAAGGUAAGCGUAUUCCUCGCAGAGGUGAAGUGGGACUUUCGGCUGAGGAGAUUCAGAAGUUUGAAACUCUUGGGUAUGUGAUGAGUGGUAGUAGGCAUCAGAGAAUGAAUGCCAUCCGUAUCAGAAAAGAAAACCAAGUUUACAGCGCUGAGGACAAACGAGCACUGGCAAUGUUUAACUAUGAGGAGAAGUCCAAGCGUGAGCAGAAGGUUAUGGCUGAUUUGCAGCGUCUUGUGCAGCGCCAUAUUGGGCAGGAUUCUGGUCCUUCUCAUGAUCCUUUUGCUGGGAGGGCUGGCGAGGGUGAUGAUGCUUGA